UUCUAUUGUUUUGUAUGGACGUGGAAAAUAUGCUUUCAUUCAAUUUUAUUAACUAAAAUAAUUAAUAUAUAAUGGGUAACGCAGAUACAAAACUAAAUUUUAGAAAAGCUGUUGUUCAGCUCACUUCUAAGUCACAGCCAAUAGACUCUUCAGACGACAGUUUCUGGGAUCAGUUCUGGUCAGAAAGCGUAACUAACGUGCAAGAUGUUUUCGCACUUGUUCCUGGCGCCGAGAUUCGUGCGCUAAGAGAGGAGUCGCCAAACAACUUGGCCACAUUAGUUUACAAGGCUGUUGAGAAGUUAGUUAAGACUGUGGACAGCAGCUGUAGGACUCAAAGGGAACAGCAAACAGCUCUGAAUUGCGCCCGGCUACUGACCAGAGUGUUGCCAUACAUGCUGGAGGAGCCUGAAUGGCACGGAUUCUUCUGGUCAUCACUUCCAGCCGCAAGUGAGAAUGAGUCGGUGCCCCUCGCCCAGUCACUGAUCAAUGCUGUCUGUGAUUUGCUGUUUUGCCCAGACUUCACAGUGGCGAGCACGAAGCGCUCCGGUCCCGAUCGCGCGGAGGAGCUGUCGUCGCUGGACAGCUGCGAGUACAUCUGGGCGGGCGGCGUGGGCUUCGCGCGCAGCCCCGCGCGCUGCGCCGCGCACGACGCCGCGCGCGCCGACCUGCUGCGCCUGCUGCUGGCCUGCUGCAGCGACACCGUCUACACGCCGCCGCACCGCGCCGCCGCGCACCACAACAACUGGAUCGCUUACCUAACGAGUUCGGAGAACCGUCACGCGCUGCCGCUGUUCACGUCGCUGCUGAACACGGUGUGCUCGUACGACCCGGUCGGCCUGGGGCUGCCCUAUAACCAUCUCUUGUUCGCAGACACCCUCGAGCCACUCGUCGAGGUGGCGUUGCAGAUCCUAAUAGUGACACUAGACCACGACACAAGCAACACUGUCAAUGAGGAAACAGACGAGAGUCUCCCGGACAACUUGUUCAUCAACUACCUGUCGCGGAUACACCGCGACGAGGACUUCCAGUUCGCGCUGCGGGGCGUCACGCGACUCCUCAACAACCCGCUCGCCCAGACCUACCUGCCCAACUCGGCCAAGAAGGUCAACCUGCACCAGGAGUUAUUGGUUUUGUUCUGGAAGAUGUGUGACUAUAAUAAGAAAUUCAUGUACUACGUAUUGAAGAGCAGCGACGUUCUAGAAGUGCUGGUCCCAAUAUUGUAUCACUUGAACGACUCGCGCGCAGACCAGUCACGCGUGGGGCUGAUGCACAUCGGCGUGUUCAUCCUGCUGCUGCUGUCCGGGGAGAGGAACUUCGGCGUGCGCCUCAACAAACCGUACACGGCCACCAUACCCAUGGACAUACCCGUGUUCACGGGCACGCACGCCGACCUGCUGGUGGUCGUGUUCCACAAGAUCAUCACCACCGGACACCAGCGGCUGCAGCCGCUGUUCGACUGCCUGCUCACUAUACUCGUUAAUGUAUCACCGUACCUGAAGACUUUGUCGAUGGUGGCGUCCACGAAGUUGCUGCACCUCUUAGAAGCAUUCAGCACACCUUGGUUCCUGUUCUCGCAGCCUCAUCAUCAUCACCUCGUGUUCUUCCUACUGGAGAUGUUCAACAACAUGAUACAGUAUCAAUUUGACGGCAACUCGAACCUGGUGUACACGAUCAUCCGCAAGCGCAGCGUGUUCCACAGCCUGGCCAACCUGCCGCACGAGCACGCCGCCAUCGCGCGCUCGCUGUCGGCCGCGCGCGCCCGCCCGCCGCCGCCCGCCCUCGCGCUGCCCAGGUCGCGCAGCGCGGACAGCGUGUGCGAGCCCGCCAUGGAGGGCUCGCGGCCCGCGCAGCCCGCCGAGCCCGGCACGCUCAACCCCUCGCUGGCGGACACGCCCGCGAUAGCGAGCAUGACGGAGCGCGAGUCCGCGCAUCCGCCGCCGCUAGAGGCCGCGGAGGAGCCGCGCGGCGCCCGGGGAGGCAGCCCCGGACAACACUUAUUGACGCGCGACCGCCCCGCGGGAGACGAACACGCCGAUGGUUCCUCACAGUCCAUCGCGCAUCGGGACAGCAUCCGAGUGAGCACGGGCAGUGACGGCGGUGGCGAGCGUGGCGACGGUGGCGGCGGCGGCGGCGGCGGUGGUGGCGAAAGCGGCGAGUGGCGGCCGACCGGAGAGUGGGUGGCCAGCUGGCGGGCCAAGCUCCCGCUGCAGACCAUUAUGCGGCUGCUGCAGGUGCUGGUGCCGCAAGUUGAGAAGAUAUGCAUCGACAAGGGCCUGACGGACGAGUCGGAGAUCCUGCGGUUCCUGCAGCACGGCACGCUGGUGGGGCUGCUGCCGGUGCCGCACCCCAUCCUCAUCCGCAAGUACCAGGCCAACGCGGGCACCGCCGCCUGGUUCCGCACCUACAUGUGGGGCGUCAUAUACAUACGUAACGUGGACCCGCCAAUAUGGUACGACACGGACGUGAAACUGUUCGAGAUACAGCGGGUGUGAAGUCGUAACGCGUUCUGAUCUCGUCGCCAGAAUGUACAGAAGUCGGCAAGCGUCGCGGGCGUAGAACAAAUACAAACGGGUAAAACAGAGGGCCUACCAUGAAAUGUUUUACGAAAUUUCGGGACCGAACGAAAUACAAAUUUGAUCUUAAAAUUACGUAAUAGAUAGGUAGAUAAAAAUAAAAUUGUAUCUAAUGCACUGACAUUUACAGUUUAAAAGCAGUCAACAAUAAAUAAUAGAAUGAAUUUUGGAACAUAAAAUAUUGCUUUCAACAA